AAGCAAUAAUAAUAUAUAUUUAUUCUUAAAAAAAAAAUAAUUUCUAAUCAAACAGUGCAAAAGAAAUUGGAAUCUCAAUACGGAGUGUAAUAUUCGUAGAUACAAAAUCACAAAACACUAAUACACUCAUAUUUUUAUUGUGUUCUAAUUAGAAAUAUCUUGAUAACAAUCAAUAUUUAUCUAUUUAUAAGCAGCCUUAGAAAAAAAUCUUUGAUAUUGAAACAUAUAAAUGGCUUGGGGGUUUGUUACUUGCGGUCCCAACGAGGCACUUGUGGUUUCAGGAUGUUGCUACAUGAAACCACUUUUAGUGCCUGGAGGUCGUGCAUUUGUUUGGCCAACUAUACAACAGGUUCAAAGAAUUUCCUUGAAUACUAUGACACUGCAAGUUGAAAGUCCUUGUGUCUAUACCAGUCAAGGUGUACCCAUAUCGGUGACUGGAAUUGCCCAAGUGAAAAUUCAAGGUCAAAAUGAGGAUAUGCUUUUAACUGCAUGUGAACAGUUUCUGGGUAAACCAGAAUCUGAAAUACGUCACAUUGCUUUAGUCACUCUGGAGGGUCAUCAACGAGCCAUUAUGGGUUCUAUGACUGUGGAAGAAAUCUACAAAGAUCGCAAGAAGUUCAGCAAACAAGUGUUUGAGGUAGCCUCCUCGGAUUUGGCCAAUAUGGGUAUAUCAGUGGUCUCAUACACCAUCAAAGAUAUACGAGAUGAAGAGGGAUAUUUGAAAUCUUUGGGUAUGGCCCGAACAGCUGAAGUGAAACGUGAUGCCCGUAUUGGCGAAGCUGAAGCUCGUUGUGAUGCCCAAAUUAAGGAAGCCAUAGCCGAAGAACAACGCAUGGCUUCACGUUUUCUAAAUGACACCGAAAUCGCAAAGGCCCAAAGAGAUUUCGAAAUUAAGAAGGCUGCCUACGACGUUGAAGUUCAAACGAAAAAAGCUGAAGCUGAAAUGGCCUACGAACUUCAGGCGGCCAAGACUAAGCAACGCAUCAAGGAGGAACAAAUGCAAGUCAAGGUAAUUGAGCGCACCCAAGAAAUUGCAGUGCAACAGCAGGAAAUUCAAAGACGUGAAAAGGAACUUGAGGCCACAGUGCGUCGUCCUGCGGAAGCAGAAAAAUAUCGCUUGGAGAAAAUUGCUGAGGCCAAUAAAAUGCGCAUUGUCAUGGAGGCUGAGGCAGAAGCUGAAUCGAUCAAAAUACGUGGUGAAGCUGAAGCUUUUGCCAUUGCCACAAAAGCAAAAGCUGAGGCCGAACAAAUGGCCCAAAAAGCCGAAGCUUGGAGAGAAUAUCGUGAAGCUGCCAUGGUUGAAAUGUUGUUGGACACAUUACCAAAGGUGGCCGCUGAAGUUGCUGCUCCACUCUCACAGGCCAAGAAAAUUACCAUGGUCUCUAGUGGACAAGGAGAAAUUGGUGCCGCUAAACUCACAGGCGAAGUUUUGCAGAUUGUUAACAAAGUACCAGAGCUGGUCAAGAAUAUAACUGGCGUCGAUAUCGCUAGGUCUGUGCAUGCUGCUUAAAAGUAUGACUCGUAGAAUUCGUAUUGGAAAAAAACAAAAAAAUCAACAAUUUUAUUACAUAAUUUUUACAAAACAAAAACACAAUACAUUUAUGACACAUGAAUUAUGAUUGAUUGAUGAUGAUUCAAAGAUAACGCCUCACCUAAAGGUGGCAACCAUUCAUCAAUUAUCUGAUCCUUUCCUACUUUUGUUAGCUUUUGAUACUUUUCCUUAUCGUAAAUAUAUUAAAAAAAAACUUGCAUUUAUAUCACAAAAACUAACAUCAUCAACCAUCAGAAUUCGUGGAUUUACUUUUCGCACACACAAGUUUUCUCAUAAAAAAGAAAAAACAAAAAAAAAAAAACGAAAACAAAGUUUCUUUUCUCUUGCAUUUGUUUUUGCUAAUAUAUUAACAAAAUUACAUAUUUUUUAAAGAAAAUUUACAGAAGAGGGUAUUUAAAAAUAGAAAUAUAC